CAGACACCCAUCCCACUAGCAAGCUUACUAGCUUAGCUAGCAUCGAUAGCUCACAUAGCCACAUGUCGUCGUCGUCCUACUCCUAUUCCAAGGCCAGCAAUGGUGGUGAGCCGCAGCUGGUCUGCGUCACCGGAGCAGGCGGCUUCAUCGGGUCGUGGGUCGUGAAGGAGCUCCUCCUGCGCGGGUACCGUGUCAGGGGAACUGCAAGGGACCCUGCUGACAGCAAGAACGCGCACUUGCUUGCGCUGGAGGGGGCCAGGGAGAGGCUCACCCUCUGCCGCGCCGACGUCCUGGACUACGAGUCCCUCCGUGCGGCGUUCACCGGCUGCCAUGGCGUCCUCCACGUCGCCUCCCCGGUGUCCAACAACCCUGAGCUCGUGACGGUGGCCGUGGAUGGCACCAGGAACGCGAUCAACGCCGCGGCGGACGAGGGUGUUCGCCGCGUGGUCUUCACCUCCUCGUACGGCGCCGUGCACAUGGACCCCAACCGGAGCCCCGACGCCGUCCUCGACGAGACCUGCUGGAGCGACUACGAAUUCUGCGAGCAGACAAACAACCCGUACUGCUGCGCCAAGAUGAUGGCGGAGAUCACGGCGAUGGAGACGGCGGCGGCGCGCGGGCUGCCGCUGGCGGUGGUGGUGCCGAGCGUCACGACGGGCCCGCUGCUGCAGCAGGCUCUCAACGUCAGCAGCAACCACGUGGCGCGCUACCUCAUGGGCACCAAGAGGACCUACCCCAACGCCGUCGCCGCCUACGUCGACGUCCGCGACGUCGCGCGCGCGCACGUCCUGGCCUACGAGCGCCCCGACGCGCGCGGCCGCUACCUCUGCAUCGGCACCGUGCUCCACCGCGCCCAGCUCAUCGCCGUGCUCCGGGAGCUCUUCCCGCAGUACCCCGUCACGGCCAAGUGUGAAGACGACGGCAAGCCGAUGGCGAAGCCGUACAAGUUUUCCAACCAGAGGGCCAGGGAGUUGGGCUUGGAGUUCACUCCGCUGAAGAAAAGUUUGUACGAGGCUGUGGUGUGCAUGCAGCAGAAGGGGCACCUUCCAGUCAUCAGCCAGCAGCAGCACUCGUACUUGUAAACCAAGGCAUGCGCGCGCUGAGUUUGCCACUAAUUAAAAUAAAACAGCGCAAACAGAAACAAAAAAGGGAAGCAAAGAGAGGUCAUAUAAGGACUUUGGAGAUGUAGUAUGCCAUUUCCCCCAUUUCCACCAGUGUAGUUACCUUAUAAAAAAAUAAAAAAAAAUACGAGUGUAUAUUAUUAAGCAUAUCUUUUCAUAUCAUAUUACAUGUAAAACUGUUAUUGUGACGAAUAACACUUGUUGAGUACGCAUUCGAUGAUCCAACACAAA